AAACAACUUCCUCUGCUGUGUGGGAUGGAGACGACCGUGUUUUGACCUGAACAAUUGUAAAUAUCCACUGAUUUUACCUAAAGAAAUCAAAAAGAUUAUAUAGCCAGGCAUGUUUCUAAGGGUUGGACGAUCGUCCGGGGCCGUACUGCGUUCUCGGUGCUUAUUAACGGGUGGAUUGUUGGUUCCCAAAGCAGCAUGGACCAGAAAUGUGACAGCUCUGGCAGUGGGAAGAAGAAGAAGAGGAGAACUUUUUUAUUACCCCAAUGAAGUCCGUUUUAGGAAUUGCAGCACGAGUCAAGCUAAAACGAACUGCUGGAACUGUAAACAGCUUCUCGACAAUGUCCCUGCAUUCUUUUGCAACUCUUGCAAAACAAUUCAACCCCCAGCAGAAGGAGAGUCCUAUUUUAAGAUCAUGGACUGUGACUACACUUUCACGGUGGACACACAGAAAUUGCAGAGAAGAUACCUGCAGCUCCAGCGGUUCCUCCACCCAGACAACUUCAGCCAGAGAUCUGCGAAAGAACGGGAGUAUUCGGAAAGCCAGUCGGCGCUGGUGAACAGAGCGUACAAGACUCUGCUUAAGCCGUUGAGUCGCGGCCUGUAUAUGCUGGAGCUUGAGGGGAUGCAUCUGGAGGAAGGCACAGACUCGGGAGCAGAUUCAGCAUUUCUGAUGCGGCUGAUGGAGAUCAAUGAAGCCGUGGACGAGGCGCAGACUCCAGAAGAAGCUGAGGAGAUCGGCCGGGACACGAGAGGGAAACUUGCAGACUUGACAGGGCAGAUAGAUGCUGCCCUUCACAAAGGAGAGCUUCAUGCUGCCAAAGCACUUCUUGUCCAAAUGAAAUACUACGCAAACAUCGAAGAGAAGGUGAAGGGAAAACUCUCUGAAUUCAUGUAAGGACUCUGGUUUUAUUGGGGCUUCCUGCAAUAUUUAUAGUUUGUACCGAAUUGUCCAAAUGAUGUCAUUUUAUGGCUCUGAUGCAGAACAAAUAAAUGCAUGUUACAGAAGAAAUAAAUGUAUUUUUCCCCCAAAAUAA